AGUAAACACAAACCACAUGUAUACGUAAAAAUAAAACGAAGUACAAUUAUGGAAAAAGAUACUUUAAACGAACUGCAGCAAUUCCUUAAACCAGAAUCGAGGAUAGAUCUAAAAUUGAUAUCUCUAGAUCAUUUAAUCGGCGUAUCCGGUACCGAAGAUGGUGUCAAAAUUUUAGUGGGAAAUGAAAAUAUUUUAAAAAGUGUCAUCGAUUGCACAAAUGAUAAACUGGAUAAUGUCUCCAAAAAGGCUUUACUGCUUCUUAUAAAUAUAACAGCGUAUUCAGAAGGUUCUAUACAACUAUUAAAACUCAAACCGAACGAUAACAAAAGUGUGGUGGACAUUUUUGUUGGUUAUAUUCUAGACGCUCAGAAAACUCACGCAGAUGCUGUAUGUAUGAUACUUUCAAAUAUAACUAGAGUCGAAGAAAACGUUGAACAAUGUGUUGACAUAUUAUAUAAACAUUUAAACGAUCUUUUAAAUGUAUUCGUGAACACGGAAUACAACAAAAAAGGUUGCAAUUUAGAAUACCUUGGACCAAUGUUUAGUAAUUUAAGUCGAAGUGAACGUGUACGUAAUUGGUUGACAAAAGAAAAUCCAUAUGUACCAUUAAUAAAAUUGCUACCGUUUUGUCAAUACGAAAAAUCAAUAAUAAGAAGAGGUGGAGCUAUUGGUACUAUAAGAAAUCUAACCUUCGAUGUAAAAUAUCAUAAAUUCCUUCUAAGUCCUGAUUUAGAUUUACUAACAUACUUACUUGGUCCUUUAAUGGGUGGUGAGGAUUACUCUGAUGAUGAGAUGGAUAAGCUUCCUAUAUCUUUACAAUAUCUACCGAAAGAGAAACAAAGAGAAAUAGAUGUAGAUAUACGUAAAAUGAUUUUAGAAACAUUUAAUAAAUUAUGUUCUAGACGUGAAUAUAGAGAGAUUUUACGUGAAAAUGGUGUAUAUUAUGUACUCAGAGAGUUACAUAAGUGGGAAAAAGAACCGUCUGUCCGUUUAGCUUGUGAGAAUGUGGUUGAUAUUUUAAUACAGAAAGAAGAAGAAGUUGGAGCAGAUGAUCUUUCUAAGGUAGAUAUACCUGAAGACAUGGUUGAGAAAUUUGAAAAAAUGGACGCUGAGUAUUUGAAUGAAGUAUAAUAUAAAAUAACU